AUGGCAGUCAAUCCAUCUGCACCUUGUUGCUAUAAUUUAGAAGAAGGAUCUUUAUCAGCAAGACAAAUUAUAACUGUAACUAAUACAACCAAGAAUAGUGAUAAUAAAACAACUACAUUUACUGAUAUUAUUCAACCAAUGAUUGUGGAAUUGAUUGGUACUAUUUUCUUUAUUUUGAUUGGUUUACUUGGUUCUUGCAGUAAUGAAAAUAAUAAUAAUUCUUCAUUGAUAGCUGGUCUUUCUUUUGGUUUUUCAUUGAUAAUCUUUGUUGCUAGCCUUGGUCAUAUCAGUGGUGGUCAUUUUAAUCCAGCUGUAACACUCGGUGUAUUGAUUACUGGAGAUAUACAAUUAAAAAAAGCCUUACUUUAUAUGCUUAUGCAAUUAAUUGGUGGUGCUAUGGCUGCUGGUAUAUUUCGACUUCUAUCACAUACAUCUACGUAUAAUCGUUGUCAUGGUGGAGCUACUUUUCUUGUAACAAUAAAAACUCCGAAACAAGAAUUAGGUGAAUUUACUAUGGAUCAUAUUAAUUGGUGGGAAGGAAUGUGUAUUGAAUUAUUGCUUACAUUCGUUUUUGUUACUAUAAUUCUCAUGGUAACAAUAAAUAAUAAAUCUAAAAGUAAUUUUGCUCCUAUUUAUAAUGGAAUAGCUUUAUGUGUUUGUAUUCUUGCAUCAAAUAUGUUAACAGGUGGUUCACUUAAUCCAGCUCGUAGUUUAGGUUCGGCUAUAUUUGCUAAUGUAUGGUCUCAUCAUUAUAUCUAUUGGAUAGGACCAUUGAUUGGUGCAACUAUUGCCGGUGGUUUUUAUCGGUAUUAA